AUGCAAAUAAACAGAGCACUUUCAUUACCAAAAUCUCACGUUAUGUUCAUUGCAAACACAGGAACAUCAACAAAAGAAGUCAUGAGAUUAGUUGUUCACACAAUGAAAGGCAAAGUUUAUACUCCUGCAAUCUUUGAUGGAUAUUCUAUUCGUCAUUUCACAAAUGAUCUCAAAGCUUGCUUGAAUGGAAGCGCCUUUGAUAAAGCAAUGAGUGUAUUCUGUAUGGAAGAAUAUCAGUUAAUUGAUUCCGCUUUCUACGAAUACAUCAAUUCUUUGCUUGCAGGUGUUUUCCCAUCGAAUCUUUACACUGCUGAAGAAAUCAAAGCAAUUUUGAGUCAAUUAGAAGACAUUUCUUUCGAAGAUUUCAAGAAACUAGUCUUCGAGAACUUCAGAUUCGCUUUGAUCAUUGAUCCAAGAUCAUCCGGAUACCAAUCAAUCAUCAAGUCACAGCCAAUGUUCACUGAAGCUUGUUCGAUUCUUUCUGUUGGAGAAUUGUCAGAAAAUAUUUUGAAUGACAUGACUCCACAAAUUGUCUCUAAGAUCGAAGCUCCAGAAGACACAGCUAAAAUACUAUUUGGCAAUAUCGCGAAGACACUUGACAUGUCAACAAGCGAUUUCCCUGCUUUCAUCAUGAAUUUCAACGAACUUUCGAAGAAGAAAUCAGAUUCGUUGGCAAAGAGAAAGCAGUUUUUGUCAGAUGGUUUAUUAAGGUUAAAUGCUGUUGCAUCAAAGGUUAACCAGCUUUCCAAAGAAGCUGAUGCACAGAGAGCACAAGUCGAAGAGAAAGAAAAGAGAGCCAAUGAAGCCAUGAACGAAAUUUCCAAGACAAUGACAGAACUCACGAAACAACAAGAUCAAAUGGACGUAAUUCAACAAGAUUUGACAAAGAAAGAAGGCGAAUUAAGUGUCCAAAGAGAAGAGAUCGAUAAGCAAUUAGCUGAUAUCAAACCAACAUUACAAGCUGCUUCAGAGAAAGUUUCUCAAAUCAGACCAGAACAUCUCUCUGAAAUUAAAUCAUUCACUUCUCCUCCACCAUUAGUUCGUGAUGUUUUAACUGGUGUUGUUUUGUUGUUAGGAAACCAGAACGUUUCAUGGGCAGGUAUCAAACAAGUUAUCUCAGGAUCCGGAUUCCUUAUGUCUAUCUUGAGAUUUGAUCCUCACAAUGUCACAAACAAAAUGAUCAAUGAUGUUGAGAAUUUCAUCAAAUCUCACAUGGGAUCAUUUGACAGAGAACAAGCUGAGAGAUCUUCUGCAGCAGCUGCUCCUCUUUCACAAUGGGUUAAAGCAAUGGUUAAGUACUGUGCUGUUAUCCAAAGAGUUCAGCCUCUCGAGAACAAGAUGAAAGAAUUAGAUGACCAAUUAGUUUCAUCAAGAAAUCAGUUGAAAGACUUAGAACAAAAGAAAGUUUCCUUGAACAAGAGAGUCAUCGAGAUGCAAGAACAAUUCAAGGAAUACACAGCAGAAGCUGAGAAACUCAGAAUAUCUCUUACAGAACUUGAAGAAAGAACUAAAGCUGCUUCAAGUUUGUUGAAUAAACUCGGUGAUGAACAAAAGAGAUGGGCAAGCCAAGUUAAAGACAUCGAGAAAGAAGUUUCAACAAUUCAACCAAGACUCAUUAUGUCCGCUGCUUUCAUGACAAUCUGUGGUUCAAUGAACGAAACAGAAAGAAGCGACGUAAUGAAGAAAUUGGCUGAAAAACUCGAAUUGAAAGAACCUUUCUCUUUCACACCAUUCAUGAAUACACAAUCCAAAAUUCUUGAAAUGAAGCACAACGGAUUCCCAUCUGAUGAUCUUUCAGUAGAAAACGCCCAAAUCAUCCAGAUUUCCACACAAAGACCUUUGUUUGUUAUUGAUCCAACAGAACACGUCGUAGAAUGGUUGCAAAGUGUUUUAGGUCCAUCUGCAGAAGUUCUUUCAAGUUCUCAUCCAAGAUUCCAACACCAAGUCACAUUGGCAAUCAGAUUUGGAAAGAAACUUAUUAUCAGAGAAGCAGAUAAAGUUCCUUUGUGUUUGUAUCCAUUCUUGAACAGAGAAUUCGUGAUGUCUAAUGGACAUUUGACUGUUUGCGUCGGCGACAAAUUCAUUGAUGUCCAUCCUGACUUCAGAUUGAUCAUUGUUACAAGAGAUGCAGCAAUCAAAUUAACAGCGAGAGAGAAAUCUCUUGUCAGUUUAGUUAAUUUCACUGUAACUAAGACAGCUUUGAAAGCACAGUUACUGACAUUAGCACUGACAACAGAGAUGCCAGAACUCGAAGAGAAGCAUCAAGAACAAUUAAACGAAUCAGAACAACUCAAGAUCGAACUCGGAAAAUUGGAAGAAGGUUUGCUUGAAAUUCUCGGAAAAGCAAAUCCAGAUACAAUUCUCCAGAACAAGGAACUCAUUCAGAGCCUUGAUGACAAGAAGAAGAGAGCUGUUGAUGUUGAAAACAGACUCAAACAAGUUGAAGAAUUCCAGAAACAAAUCGAAGAGAAAAGAUCACAAUAUCAAAUGUUGGCUGAUGUUUCUUCAUCAAUUUACUUCGCAAUCGAGAAUUUGCAUUUGGUUCAUCCAAUGUACAAAUUCUCUUUGAACGAGUUCACGAAGUUGUUCAUUUCUACAUUCUCAGCUUGCCAAGAGAAAGAAAAACGUGUCAAGAACUUAAUUUUGACAUUCAACUCCAUGGCAUAUUCACACUUCUCUCGUGCUUUGUUCAGAGAGCACAGAUUAGUGUUUGGUAUGCAAUUGUUGAAGACAGUUUAUCCUAAGAUGUUCCCAGAACCAGAAUAUCAACAUUUGUUGAGACAGAAACCAGCACAAAGUGUUGAUGGAAUUCCUCAAUUCAUACCUGCAGAAAGAAGACAAUCUUUGGCAAGUUUGAACCAGCAAUUCCCAGAUUUAGUUGCUAAGUUACAAAUAGCAAAUAAUGACAGACAAUGGAUGGCUUGGUUGCAGAGUAAUUCACCAGAAAUGAACUCCGAAUGGCCACAAAUUGAAGGAAAAUCAAUUCAAGAACUUGGUGUUUCACAACUCCAAAAGAUCUUGAUUCUUCAAGCCUUAAGACCAGAUAGAGUCAUUGCAGCUCUCGAAAAACUUGUAAUUUCAACAUUCAAGAACCCAAGAAUUCUCUCAUUAAGAGAAGUAAUGACAGAAGAAACAGAAAACUGCUUUGUCUUCAUUGUCACUCCUGGCAGUGAUCCAAGCAUCGAACUCAAGGAAAUCGCAAUGGAAAUCGAAACAGUUGGAGAGAACAAUUUCAUUGAACUCGCGCUUGGUGAAUGCGAUUCUCAAGAAGCUUUGUCAUUAGUUAAGAGUGCUGCAAGAGGUGGACAAUGGGCUGUAAUCAAGAACGUCCAUCUCGAUAUUGAUUUCUUGCAACAACUCGAGAAAACAUUGCCAUCAUUAGCUCCUAAAGAUGGAUUCAAAUUAAUUUUGACAACAGAAGCAACAACAUCAUUCCCGAAUGUUUUGCUUCAGAGCUCCGCAAAGAUUGCUUACGAAGCACCUCCAGGCCUCAUCAACCAAAUGAAGAGAACAUUGACAUUGUGGAACGAAGACUGGUUCUCACAACAACCAAAGAGAGUCAGACAAGCUCUUGUUUCUCUCGCUCAUCUUCACGGUACAUUGCAAGAAAGAAGAGCAUUCAUUCCUGUUGGUUGGUCUCAGUUCUUCGAGUUCACACAGGCAGACUUAAACGCUGCUUCCCAGAUCAUUGUACAAAGAUGCGAAUCAACAGAUGUCGUCAGAGGAUUGAUCGAAAUGACUGUUUAUGGAGGUCCAAUGGAUUCUCCAUUCGACAGAAGAGUUCUUUCUAAAUUCAUUGAAAGAGCAUUCCCUGCAAGAAAGACACCUUUGUUCGCAAUCCCAGAUGAACCAACACUUAAUGAUCUCCAUGAAAUGUUGGCGAAAUCGAAUGCUGAAGAUGGUCCAGGAUUGUUGGAAUUAGCACCAAAUGCAAACGCAACAAUCGCAAGAUCUACAUUAGUUUCGUCACUGAAACUUUUAGCUGUUUUAAGUGCAGCUUCAGGUGGAGAUGAAACAACAUCCAAUGACCACUUCCAGCAAGUCGAAGAACUCUCAAAGACAUAUCCAAGUGCUUUGGAAGAUGUUUCUGUUUCAUUGGCAAACCAUCCAGCAAUCGAUUUCCUUACUAUUCAAAGAGCAGCAGCACACAAGCUCGCAAGGUCUGUUAAAGACGAUUUGCAAAGUUUGUCAGGUGUUGUUGAUGCUUCUUUGUUACCAGCACAUUUGAGAGCUGUUUCAGGAGCAUUACAAUCCCAGAAAGUUCCAGCUGAUUGGGAUGUUGACUGGCUCAGAUCUGAAGACAUUUCAGAGUGGUUAGAAGAACUCUUCUCAUCGACGGCAGCUGUAGAUCAAUGCGCAAUGAGAUUGAAGGACCACAAUGUGUUAACAUCGCAACCUGUACCGCUUAAAGCAACAAUCAGACCAGCAGCGUUUGUUAUGGCUUUAAUGCAGACAGCUGCAAGAAUGAACAACGCUGAAAUGGAUAAUAUGAUGUUAACUGCUUCAUUUAAUUCACCUCCAUCACAGUCUUACUUGACAAUUAAUGUCUGCGACAUUGCUGCACAAGUUGCUGUUGUUUCUGGUGGUAGAGUUACAAUGUCUAAGUCUCCAAACAAUGAUAUUGAAAAGGUGGAAAAGUUCUUCCUUUCUGUGAUGCCGCUCGACAGAGCUGCAAAUGGAAUUCUCCUUCCAGUUUUCGAAUCUAUCGGAAGAGAUCGCCUCGUCUGCAAGGUUUUGACACCAUGCGAUGAAGCUGAGAAAGAUGCACUGGUUUUAUCCUCUGCUGCUUUCGUUUUGACAAGUUUCUAA